CCCCCUCCUUCUCGCGCCCCCGCCCAAAUCUGCCUCUCAUCCCCUAGCCUUCUCUUCCAAACCCCCCCUCCCGCAAACCCUAGAACCAUCUCUUGCUCGCUCACUCGACCUCGCUCUCGCCGCUGCCUCCCUCGCCCUUGGUGCUCGCCUUCUUCCUCGCUGCUCGCUCUCGCCCUCUUCGUCUCUGUCUUUCUCGGCCUUGCUCUCGCUCGGGCCUCGCUGUGUCGCUCUCGCCCGCUCACUCGACCUCGCUCUCGCUGCUGCCUCCCUCACCCUCGGUGCUCGCCUUCUUCCUCGUUGCUCGCUCUCGCCCUCUUCGUCUCUGUCUUUCUCGGCCUUGCUCUCGCUCGACCUCGCUCUCGCCGCUGCCUCCCUCGCCCUCGCUACUCGCUCUCGCCCUCUUCGUCUCGGUCUCGCUCGCCCUCAAUCGCUCUCGCCUUCGCCCUCAAAAAAGAACUCGUCAACUCAGUCACUUUUUAGUGCUGCAAAUAAGGUGCUAGAUGACAGCAUUGAGAGAAAGAAUGGAGACAUACGUCCUGUAUGAUAACUGUAAAUUAUAAAUUGUAGCAUGGUUGAAAUUUGCAUCUAUUAGGUGUCACUCUAUACUUCAUAUCUUGGCUUUGCCUUUAACUUUUGUAGGAACUCUUCUAUUUGGUUUAGGUGCAUUGCUGUGAAUUCCUAUCUUAAACUCUAAUUUCUAUAUUCUACCAAGUUAUUUUAUUGGCUUUUGCAAUUCUAUCUGAUAACUCUCUUAACAAUGAUUCCUUGUUUAUCAGUUCCAGAAGAGGCUGUUAGGAUUCCUCCCAGCAUCUCAGCCAAAUUAAAAGCUCACCAGGUUUGCCUUCGUCGUCACAGUUGCCCUCUGCGAAUCCGAAUCAUCGUUCCCCCUUGCCGCUCGGUUGAAAGGUGCACGGUGCUCGGUGCCGCCGUCGAUUCACAAACACGAAUCGACGUUUCCGUGCUCGGUGCCGCCGUUUCCGUGCAAAACGAAUCCAUUCACAACUCCGAUUUCUCGGUGCCGCCGUUUCUGUUCUACACGAAUCGUCGCUGCUACCCCUUGCUGCCGUCGAUUCACAAACACAAACUCCGAUUGCUCGGUGCCGCCGUCGAUUCAGCUUAAAGGGGUAAAACUCUUAAGUUUGCUUAUAACUGUGUAGAAGACCACUAACAUGGCUAGUACAGCUUGUUUUAUGAUUGUCAGCCGGAAUGACAUUCCUAUAUAUGAAGCUGAAGUUGGUGCUGCAGUCAAAAAAGAAGAUACUGCUCACCAGCAUCAGUUCAUAUUACAUGCAGCAUUGGAUAUUGUCCAGGACCUUGCAUGGACAACAAGUGCAAUGUUCUUGAGAGCAAUUGACAGGUUCAAUGAUUUGGUGGUGUCAGUAUAUGUAACUGCAGGUCAUACACGAUUUAUGCUGCUUCACGACUCUCGUAAUGAGGAUGGAAUCAAAAGCUUCUUUCAAGAGGUCCACGAACUGUACAUAAAGAUUCUUCUUAAUCCACUCUAUCUGCCUGGUUCUCGGAUAACCUCUUCUCAUUUUGACACAAAAGUUCGAGCCCUGGCAAGGAAAUAUCUAUGAGCCAUAUUCAUAUCCACCAGAGAGCAGCGGGGGCAGCAGAGCAUGGUGGGUUACUGGAGCGGGAUGCACAUUGGUACCAGUUGAAUACUUCAAUCUCUAUGGGGCUUUCAUCUGUCAUUUGGUUAUAGUAUCAAGGCAAUAUGUCUUGUGGCUUUUUACAAUCACUUGAGAUCCUAGUUUUAGGUCUUCAUUUAGACAUUUAAGUUGCUCAUCUUGAUUGGAUUUUUUCAUUGUGUUUGUUUGGCAAUGGCAAUGUGGUUGUCUUUGUAAAUAUUCUCUUUCAUUUUCUCAUGCCGGGACUUGAAUUUUUGGUUAUUGUUAUAUGCGCA